AUGGACCCAAAUCUGGAGCUCUACCGGAGCGUAUUAGAUCUGCCCCCUUCAGAGCGUCGAGAACGCCUGCGACAUCUGCCACAGGCGGAACAAGCCAGGGUUUGGAUGAUCGUCGAUAGGGAGGUGAAGGCCCAGAGACUGGAAGAACUUGUCGCAGGUCGGGACCUUGUUCAACUCGCCCUCACGAAUCCAUCCGAAAUUAUAACAAACAUGCGGCUGAAAUACACCCUGCUUGGCCGAAGCAUCUACCCCCAUGAUGAGAAUAUGAUGGUCACACGAAUCGCCAACGACGUGGCGAGAACUAGUCAGACCUUGGUCGACUACAUCGCAGAAUUCGAUCAAAAGGCUCGUCCUCUCGCCUUGGAUGCCUGGAAGCUGGUGUAUUGCGAUUUGUGCUACAUCGACGGAGGGAGCGCUACACUGCAGGAGGUCUACGAGACACGUCUUCGAGACGAGGAGCUCCAAACUCCUGCCGAACAGGCUAGGGAGAUCGUGCGGUAUAAGAUGCUCAAGAAGGCUCGGAGAAACGCAAAAUGGAUGAUUCCUGCUAUCCAAAGUCUUUCAUCAGAGCAACAAGCACAGUGGACAGUAGAAGACUCGAGAUUCGCGCAAGGAGUCGCUAUACAGGGGAAACCUGAUCAAGCCCUACCACUGCUUUUGAAACAGCUUGAAUAUGAGGGAACGUUGAAAAAUCUCUGGAAGCAGGUUUCGCCUGCGCCGCCAGCUUGGAUGCAGCAUAUCAUCGACACUCGGGAACAAUGGGGUUUUGUAUACUACUUAUCUAGAGAGGUCCAUGAGAGACACGGCAAUGACUGGGAAUCCCUUUGGAGUGGUAUCAAAUCAAGCUGGACUGAUACUUUUUCUGGGAGAGAUAUGGCAGAUGCGACCUGGAUGAGUAUCCAUUGCCAAGGAGAGGACAAUCGGCGACAAAUCUUGGAACCGCUUCUCACCGAAGAUUGGCCCACGUUUCGAUCUCAAGAUAACUUGUCAGAAUACAGUGGCAUGAGAAGACACUUUAAGGAAUAUACAGGAGAGAGGGGUAGCCUCUUAUCACCUGGAGUUCUGCGAAACACUUUCAUAGUCAUUCCUCUUGAAUUAGUCCCAGCAGUUUCCGAGGACGGUGGCUUUGGAGACAACCAUAAUCUUAAUCCUUACUGGGUUUGGGCAUGCGAUGCUGACUGGGACAGCUCGGACGAGGAAACGGUUGUUGAUGGAGACAAGUAUGAAGGUCGCGUUAGGGUGGCCAUCUAUUCACUCAACUCGUGGUUCUAUGCCGCUCGCUGGGAGGGAGUGAGUCUCAAGGAUAUGUGGCUCAAAGCACAACAGCACCCGGAGAAGUUGUGGAUAUGCUACGCAAAGAGACUGGAAGAGUGGGAUCAUGAGCCGUAUAUCUGA